AUGAAGCAGAGUGAAGUAAUUACGGAGCCAUAUUUGAACUACGGAUACAGAAGUUUUUAUCCCUACAAUCCUUGGACAGCCAACAACGUAAAAACGCAUUACUCGCAGCCACUUGUGCCAGCGUUCGUCCGGCAAAGUUCAAACAUCUUACCGCCAAAUUUCAGCCCGCCACCUGUCUUAAAAAAUGAUAAUGACGUCAUUGAUGACGCCGAUGACGACGGGAUUUAUGUACAUAUCGGGCCAGUCAAAUUAAUUAUGGAAAAACACGGGCGGAAUAUAGCUGACUAUUUUGCACUUCGAGUCGUACACGAGGUGCCUGCCGAACUCUUAGAGGAGGUUGAAGGAAUAUAUUUUUCAGAUUUUAUAGUUAGAGAUUUGUACGGACGCCUGUUCAUUUAUAAGGAGAAUAUAAUGAAAUUCAUUAAUAAAUACGGACCCUAUAAUCUGAGAUUGAAGAAUCCAUAUCAGUUAUCGAAUGUGAAUAAUUUCAGUCAGUUUUAUACAUUUAAUAAGAACAAAUAUCAAAAAAAUCUUCUUACUUCUACUACUACUUCUACCGAGAAAUCUAUUCAUCGACAGAAUGUCAGCACGCCGCAUAGACUCGAUAAAGGUAACGUUGAAAAUGAAGAUGUGAGACAUUCGGAAUUUAAAAAACCGAACUCUAUCCCGCUCAGAUUGCAAAAAAAUAAACAACAGCAAGAGAACACAAACAUGACAACUAAUAAAAAUGCCAUCUUCCAAACUUCAAACACCAAUCAAAAAACUGAUCACCAGCGAAAAUUAAAUAACGAUAUAACGAUUGAACUGCCUGACCUCAGCCAACCACCACCAAACUGGUUCUCACAACAACAUCAACAACUCAUUCAACAGCAUCAACAACAACAACAUCAACAAAUGAUUCGACAACAUCAACAACAACAGCAACAUCAACAACUCAUUCAACAACAUCAACAACAACAGCAACAACUCAUUCAACAACAUCACCAACAACAGCAACAUCAACAACAGGUGAAUACAAUGACACCACAAGAAUAUUACUUAGCCCAAGUAGCAGAAUAUCUUCCACCACAGCUACUACAACAACCAGCUCAGUUACCAACAAUCUUUGAUCCAACUAAUGUUAGCCACCCGUCAUCAACUUUAUACAGCAACAGCUUUUUAUUGUCUCAAUGGCCCCUUCAACAAUUUCACGAGCUUCCAUACAAUCAGUGUUUAGUUAAUCCAGACAUUAACUAUCAUCACGAUCAAUAUCCACAAACGAUAGAUUGGAUUUGGCCCCAAGAGGAUAUGUCCCAACCUAUCCACUACACAGAUCCGUACAACCCGUACCCUCAACAACAUCAAAACUUCGAUCCAGUGCAUCAUUCAACUUUCCCGAACUACCAGCAAUUUUAUAAUGGCCAUACGGAGCCUAAAAAAGAUGAACGCAUGAGCAAGCAAGGAGAUAGAAAAUAUUCUCGCAGUAGAGACCAUGAUUCAGACUACAAACGCCACAAAACUGACAUGGAUAACAGGCAUAUCCUAUCAACUCAUCCUUCACAAAGGAAAAGAACAAAUUCGAGAUCUCCAUCCAUGUGCACCAGCAAACGAUCAUCUGACUAUCGUAACGGUAGAGAUUUUCAUGUUGAGAAGCAUGAUAGUAGGUUGCCUAGCCGAAGUCGUAGCAAACAUUAUGAAAAGUGUAGUAGUCGUGGUGGCGAUGGUGGCCGUCAUAAAAGAUCUUGUAGUAGAGGUAGUCGACGCUACGAAAGAUCUGGUAGUAGAAGUGAACGUAGCAGCCACAGUGGACACUGUGAAAAAUCUAGUAGUCGCAGCCACAAAGAUGGAGCUAGUGUUUCGACAAAAUAUGGAAACCGUUCCUCAACAUUCACAAACAAGCCCGAUAGAGAGCCGUCUAUAAAAGCAAAAUCGCAAGCUUACCAUCCAAACUCAGGAAGACACAGCAAAAACGCAACAAACGCUACUACGUAUACGCACUGCGAUGACCAAAAAAUUAACCACAGCCACAACCACAGCCACAACUACCACCGCUACAAUGAAAGUUACGCAAACACCAAGAGAUUAAACGAGAGCGUUGUUUACGAUGUAGGUUUGAAUCUAUGGAGGAGGCCUAGGAACGCUAGCCUAAAACGAAAACUGUCAUUAGCUGAAGAUUUUGACGUUAAAAAGAUGCGAUGA